UCUUGGACCAAUUAUGUCAAUGGCGUUACGUAAUUUUUAAUUCUCUAGUUUAAAAAUAAACAAUGAUUUUCAGCUUGAUGAACUUGUCAUCUUGCGCAGAGAAUCAUUGGAAUAUAGAUACCUUGAGGCUGAUAUCAAGACAUAUAUAAAUGGGAUGUAACAUUUCAGUUCAGUAACUUCAUAUUUAGCUAUCUCUCUUUUGUCUCAGUAAAUGGGUUCCGAAACUCCUCUUCUUCCCCUUCGCCUUCCGGUCAUCGAUUUCUCAAACAAAAACCUCAAACCAGGAGAGCCCGAAUGGGACUUAACCAGAGCUGAUGUCCAGAAAGCUCUACAAGACUAUGGUUACUUCGAGGCCUCUUUCGAUAGAAUCCCUUUUGAGCUACGGAAAUCGGUUUUCGGGGCCUUGGAAGAGCUUUUCGACUUACCUUUGCAGACCAAACUGAGAAACGUGUCCAAGAAACCAUUCCAUGGAUACGUUGGUCAGUACCCGAUGGUGCCACUGUACGAGAGCAUGGGGAUUGAUGAUUCUGAUAUUGCAGAGAAAGUAGACGCCUUUACAGAAAAACUAUGGCCUCAAGGCAACAUCAGUUUCAGCACAACAAUCCAGUCGUUUUCUAAGAAGUUAUCAGAGCUAGACAUAACUAUCAGAAGAAUGAUCAUGGAGAGCUUCGGACUCGAUAAAUACAUCGAUGAACAUCUUCACUCAACGAAUUACCUCCUGCGAGUAAUGAAGUACAAAGGACCUGAUACAGAGGAAACAAAAGUGGGGCUAAACGCUCAUACUGAUAAAAACAUAGUCACUAUACUUUACCAGAACCAUGUUGAGGGUCUAGAGGUGCAGACCAAAGACAAGAACUGGAUCAAAGUGAAGCCAACACAAGACUCUUUCACCGUCAUGAUUGGAGAUUCUCUCUAUGUAAGCCAUUUGUUUAUACUUCCUUCAAAUACAGAAUCAAUUCCUGAAAAAGCAAGAUCAACCCAAAUGUUUUGAUGUCACAGGCAUUGCUAAAUGGUCGACUACACUCUCCUUAUCACCGUGUCAUGAUGACGGGAACAGAGACAAGAUACUCCCUCGGAUUAUUCUCGAUACCAAAAGCAGGACACAUUGUGAGUUCACCAGAUGAACUCGUUGACGAAGAGCAUCCUCGACUAUUUAAGCCCUUUGACCAUGUCGAAUUCCUUCAAUUCUACUACACAGAAGCUGGACAAAGAUCUCAAUCUGCUCUCAAAACUUACUGUGGAAUCUAAAAACAUCAAAAGCUUUCUUAUUUGCUCAAAUUCUCAAUAAUUUCAAAGUACCCUUUUACAUCAAUAAGAAGAAACUCACCAAAAGUAAGAAAAUUUCACCAGUUCU